CGUUAACGUACGCGCGAACGAUCCUGCGAUUCCGGCGGGAGAAAUUGAAUCACGGUGCUCUCGAUCGUUCGGAAUGAAAUACGGAGAAUACUGAAUGAAAGGUCAGGUAUAAGCUGGCAAUUAUGGUACGGACGUUUGUGCGCCCAUGUCGACAUUUGCACGCGAUUUUGCAAACGUUGCACGAGGAUCGUUAAAUCGUCCCUCCUCGAAGACUCGACGGGAACCAUCGAUAAGCGAAACAUUGGUCGUAUCUCGGCAAUAUUUCAAUCACGCUGCCAAUAAAUCUCAUCAUGCAUCGCUAGACCCUCCGUGUUCCGCUCUGCACGUCGCGUCUCUUCUCUAAACAUUACUUUUUUUAUCGGUUGCGUGAACGUACGUUACGUGAUUUCCGUGCCCGGAUUUUUUUAUUAAACCGUUUUUAAUUAAUAACGAAAGCAUGGCGCCGGAGAAAUCGGACACGUUGAAACAGUUCGUUAAAGUGCCACCGGAUAAUAAUUUCAAGCCUUCGGAGCGAUGGCGAAUCACGAGGAACGUUUUGGUGAUCGGGACAGCGUUUAUGGUGAAUUUUACGGCGUUCAUGGGUGCCACGAAUCUGCAGAGUUCGAUCAACGCGGACGACUCGUUGGGAACGUUCACCUUGGCCUCGAUUUAUGGCAGUCUAAUUUUCAGCAAUAUUUUCCUGCCGACUUUAAUUAUAAGCUGGCUUGGCUGUAAAUGGACGAUGUCUCUGUCUAUCUUGAGUUACGUGCCGUUCAUGGCUGCUCAAUUUUACCCAAAAUUCUAUACGAUGAUCCCAGCUGGACUGAUGGUCGGCAUCGGUGCAGGUCCACUCUGGUGCGCCAAGUGCACUUAUUUAACCGUUGCAGCGGAAGCUUACGCUACUUUGUCAGAUGUCGCCGCAGAUGUGCUCGUCACCAGGUUUUUCGGCCUGUUCUUCAUGUUCUACCAGAUGGCGCAGGUCUGGGGCAACCUUAUAUCUUCGGCAGUUCUCUCUUAUGGAAUGGAUUCUGUACCGGUGAACACGACAUUGAACAGCAGUAUUGUGGCAGAAACAUGCGGCGCUAAUUUUUGUGGCGCAGCUUCGAACUCCACCGAUAGUCCAACGUUAGAAAGACCCCCGGAAGAAAGGAUUCACCUAAUUUGCGGAAUUUAUUUGUGCUGCAUGAUCGUCGCGUCCUUGAUAGUUGCUUUUGGCGUCGAUUCUCUUUCACGGUACAACAAAGGCAGAUCGGGUUCCGCGACAGGGCUAUCAGGAUGCAAGCUGCUAGCAGUGACGCUGCAGUUGCUCAAAGAGAAAAAUCAGCUACUGAUACUACCAAUAAUUAUAUUCAUCGGGGCUGAACAAGCAUUCCUCUUCGCUGAUUAUAACGCAUCCUUCGUGUCCUGCGCGUGGGGUAUCAGCAACAUCGGAUAUGUGAUGAUUUGUUUCGGAGUGACGAACGCCAUAGCUGCCUUGGCAGCAGGUUCCAUAAUGAAAUUAACUGGAAGAAGGCCUCUAAUGAUAUUCGCCUUCGUGCUUCAUAUAGGAAUUUUGGUGUUUCUGUUGCGUUGGAAACCAACGCCUGAACAAUACUACACGUUCUUCUUGAUGUCUGGAUUAUGGGGGCUUUGCGAUGCCAUGUGGCUGGUGCAGGUUAACGCUCUUUCCGGAUUAUUAUUCCCAGGAAAGGAGGAAGCAGCCUUUUCGAACUUCCGUCUGUGGGAAUCCACCGGUUCCGUGAUCACAUACGCGUACAGUCCUUACUUGUGCACCGAAUCGAAGAUUUACUGUCUUAUGGGAAUCCUGUGUCUAGGAAUGGUCGGUUAUGGUACCAUCGAAUGGUCAUGGAAGUCCAGCAGAGUAGUUCCCGAAUCGAAACCAGACUUUGAAUUGGUCGCGAAUGUUGAAAAUGAUGCAUCGAAACUUUGAGUAUUAUAAAAUAAUUAAAAGAUCUCUUAUGUGACUACGUUCGAUAAAUGUCCUUUCGAUCAAUCUAACGUAUUUAUUUCGUCCAAAUUUUUGUUAAAUGUUACAGGAAUAGGUAAUUAUGAUAGGUCCCUCGUUACAUUGCCAUGCUUUAUUCUUUCACUUCAGAAUUUAUAUUUUAUAGUUUUUAGUAACACUAUCCUCAAGUCAAUGGAAGAAACUUAACUUGUUAAGUCAAUGAAAACUUAGAAAUUUUUAAUUCAGAAUUUGAAGAAUUAUAUAUUUGAAAAAAUAGGCAUUCGACAAUUUGGAAAUUCAGAAAUAAAAUAAUUUAUAAGUUGAAAAUUUAAAAUGCAGAAAAUGGUAACAUAACGAGAGUCCAUCGUACCUUGAUAUCUAAGUAAAAUAUAACAAAAAAUAUUUAUAUCCAAAGGAUAAAAAAAAUAAAUCUGAAGACUCCAUAGGAUAAUAGUACCCAAAGAGCAUCCUUUUAAUCCAGCAAUAAUUUGGCGAAGUUAUUCGAAAAACGAUCGUUGUAGGAUCAUGUAAAUUAUAUAUAUAAUUGCGAUAUAUGUACAUAGAAAUCAUACAUAAAUCAGAUGCAUAUCAAAAUUAUAUGUACAGAAAGAGUUCGGUUGGAGGCGCAGUCAGGACCUGAAGGUACGAUCAUUGUUGUGUGAUUUGUACCAUAAUAUAUGCUUUUAUUUUAUUCUUGUGGACACCUACUAGAUUUUACACAGGUAUUUUUCGCUUAACCGCUAAGGUUCUCCUCGUUCUUUUCCCUUUUAAAUACGUAUGUAGAUUAAUGGUACAUCGUACGCGUGUACGUGUGUGUGUGUGUGAUCGUGUACGUGUACGUGUAUGUGUCUAGGUGCUAAAGCUACGGCUGCUUAAUUUAAUUGUAUACUUAACGUGCUUAAUUGCGUUUCACUUGUACAAAUGUCUGUCACGUAUUCACAUAUGCAUGUACAUACACGCGUGUGUAUGUAUACCGUGUAUUCACACGUGCGUGUGUGAAUGCGUGUGUUUAUGUAUGUGUGUGUCCUACGUGUCCCUUUUCUUUUUCUCGUACUCGGUUAUUCGUAUGCUCGUCGUUUGUUGCGCUGUCACGAUCAAUUGUCCCCCGUCUGAAGACGAUGGUAAACGACAAACUAUUUCCUAGUUAUUUCGUGCAUGCCAUUUCUCUCUACAGGUGGUUCCCCAACGAAUCGUGACGUGGAAUCAAUUGAUCCUGCAUCCCGUUCGCUCGGAUCUGUCCGAUUGCUGAUUGUAUUGUGAACGUGUUUGCUAGCUUAAAACCCUCGUUAUGUACAAUUAAAGUUUUUUUGCAGUUCAGUUAUAUACUUUUAUAAAACGUAGUAGGAACUUUGGUUUCGCUGAGCAAUGUUUCAGAAGCAGUUUCCAUUUUAUUCGUGCCACGAACUUCGUCUUACGAUUAAUUAUUAUCUUUUUUUUCCGCUGUCCGUUCGAUUUCUUUUAUUACUAUUUCAUUUCAUUUUUUCCUAAAAUACGGUUUUCUGUUUCGUUAGCCCGGCAUGUAUUGUUCGCGAUAUUUUUUUGAUCUGUCUGGACCCGUAAUUCGACCGGAAACUGCUAUAAAACAUUCGCCCGUGGAUCUAUCUUCCUUAGAAAUAUGACACUCACGAAUACAAUUCACGUAUGUACUUUUUUUUGUGUGUGUUUCUUUAAUACUCAUGUUUUUUUUUUAUAUUUCCGCAAUCAUCUAUUGAAUAUCAAUUUGUCACGAAGAAAAUACACAUGAUUCAUCAAUUUUCUCUUUCACUCUCUCUCUCUCACUUCAAUUUUAUUUACUCUCAACAUCCAUCACGCCUUUCUCCCCCGUUUUAUAACAAAAUUUAAUAACCGGAAUAUCUCUGUACAAACAUUAUCAUCCUUUUUUUGUAUCUCUCCUUCGGAACUCGUCUAAAAAAUCUAACGUACGAACCCACCCUCGAAUGAUCAAAAUUUUGAAUUUUGAAACAACGUUACCCCUCCAUUCAACCCCCUCAAUCGUAUACCAUUCCAUCGUUUUAUAAUACACCGUAUCCUCGUCGAAAAAAGACAUCUGUUUUCCUUCGUGUCUCCGUUUUCGUAUUUACUUUAGGAACAGAUCAAAUUUUAAUCGUACCUUAAACAGUAGAAUGUCUUAAUGUACUUUACCCUUACAAAUUUAUAUCCGCUUCUUCGUCACGCUGUUCUUUUUCUUUCUCGAUCGAAAUUGCGUCGAAUUUGCUUUCGAAUCCUCGUCCCAGCUAUUUCAUAGCUAUGCACGAUUUAAAAAGUGUUAGACUCUUACAAUGCUACGGUCCCUAGGUGUCGCCUUAAUAUGUACACACGCUCCUAGCUACCCUCCACUCUUAAAGGAUCUCGUGGUUAUAAUAAUUGUACGAUGGCUAUAAUAUACUCAGGGUGAAGGGAAAAUAGAUAGACUAAUUUUCAUGGGGUAUUUUACUGGAGAGAGCUGUAGAUUUCCUCAGAUGUGCUUGGAGAAAAAAGAGGUUAUGUUAGGAGACUUGCUAUAUGACCAUGGAAAGUGAAAGUUAUUAAAAUAUUCAAGACAACAAAUUUAGAAGGAAAUUGCAAGUUUUGAAUGUUGUAAAUUUGGGAAUUUGAGAAGUUUCAAGCUUAGAAAUUUAGA